AUGAAACUUCUUCUUCUUAUACUGUUCUGCCUUCUGGCAGUCGUCGUCUCCGCCAGCAUCGUCGGAAAGAAGGCCGUCGGAGCGAAAGGAACUCUUCUUUGCGGAAAUACGCCCGCUCAGAACGUGCGCGUCCGUUUGUUCCGUGUGAAACCGGGAAAGAAGGACGGUGAGUCGAGAAUGUAUACAUACGAAUUCAAGCGGAAAACGUUCAGAUGUUGCUCAAAUUCUCGAUGAGAAGUACACGGGACCACAAGGAAUGUUCCAAGUGGAGGGAAACACCAACGGAUUCCCACUGAACGAGACCGAUCUGCAGCCGGUCAUCUCCUUCUACCACCAUUGCGAUGACGAUCCGAAGAAGUUGGAGAAGGUAGGCAACACUGAAAACUUUAGCAAAUCAAAAUGAUUCGUUCCCAGACUGCGUUCCGCCGUUUCAACUACAACGUGCCGGCCACUUUCGUGAAUCAGGGGGAGAAGGCAAAGAAGACGUACGAUCUGGGAUCGUUGAACAUCCAAUUGGAGUUCCCGAACGAGAAGAGAGAGAAACAGAUUGUCGAGAAGACGGCCGCAUAA